ACAUGUAGGCAUUCAUGAAGUCAAGGUCUUCCAAUAAACGGACAUUUUCUCACUGUCCUUUAUGGUGGAUUGUGACUUCAAGGAACACUUUCCACGGAUGCGUGUUGCUCGAGUUGGAAAUACAAACAAGACACUCAACACGAAUAGACCACAUCAUAGAUGUUUCAUCACUGUUCAGUCCAAGUUUAAAGUGAAAAAGUCUUCUUUCUCUUCCUUUGCUGCAUUUCAGAACCACUGCACAAACACAUGACAAUACCAUUUUACUACUAUCUAACCAUCUUCCUAUUCCUGAGCUGUGUAAAAUCUCAGAUUCAGCUGCAAGAUCAAGAGCAUGCAGUGUUACUGCAGAUAAAGCAGCACCUACAAAACCCUUCGUUCCUCAGUCACUGGACCCCUUCAAACACCCGUCACUGCUCCUGGUCUGAGAUAACAUGCACCAAUGACUCUGUCACUGGAUUAACUCUGUUCAAGAGCAAUAUCAAUCAAACACUUCCUAAUUUCAUGUGUGACCUUAAAAAUCUCACACAUGUUAAUUUCAGCUUUAAUUCCAUUCCGGGGGAGUUUCCAACGUUUCUCUAUAAAUGUUCCAAGCUGGUGUCAUUGGACCUUGAAGGGAAUGAAUUUUCUGGUAGCAUUCCUAAUGACAUAGACAAGUUGGUUAACUUGCAGCAUCUUAAUCUCGGUUCCACCAGCUUUAGUGGUGAUAUUCCUGCAAGCAUUGGAGGGUUGAAGCAACUGAGAUUUCUUCAACUUCACUAUUGUCUGUUUAAUGGCACUUUUCCUUCUGAGAGUAUUGCCAACUUGUUCAAUCUUGAAUUCUUGGACAUUUCCUCUAACUUAGUGCUCCCUCCUUUAAAGUUCCCAUCAGGCCUGACCCAGUUGAAAAAACUGAAGUUCUUGCACAUGUACAGUUGCAACUUCUUCGGGGAAAUUCCUGAUACCAUCGGAGAACUGGUGGCUUUAGAGAACUUGGAUUUGUCACGAAGCAAUUUCAGUGGACACAUUCCCAAAGGCUUGUUCAUGCUCAGGAAUUUGACCAUACUCUACCUCUUCAAUAACAGUCUCUCUGGGGAGAUUCCUGGUGAGAUUGAAGCAUUGAAUUUGAUCGAACUCGAUCUUGCACAGAACAAUCUCGCAGGGAGAAUACCUCAAGAUUUUGGGAAGCUCCAAAAGUUAAGAUGGUUAAGUUUGUCUCUCAAUAACUUGUCAGGGGAGAUUCCACAAAGCUUAGGCCGUCUUCCAUCUCUCAAACAUAUUCGUAUCAUAUUCAACAAUUUUUCAGGUAUUCUUCCUCCUGAUUUAGGUCGCUACUCGGAGCUCAAAACAUUUCUGGUUGCAAACAAUAGUUUCAGUGGAAAGCUCCCGGAGAACUUAUGCUAUCAUGGUAAGUUACAGAAUUUAUCUGCUUAUUGUAAUUAUCUGAGUGGGAACUUACCAGAGUCACUUGGCCACUGUAGUAGUUUGACUGAUGUAAAAAUUUAUAGCAAUGAGUUUUCUGGCAACAUUCCUAGUGGUCUUUGGACUCUCAACUUGUCAGAUUUCAUGGUGAGCAAUAACAAGUUCACUGGUGAGCUUCCUGAGAGAUUUUCCCCAACUAUUUCACGCUUGGAGAUAAGUCACAACCAGUUUUCUGGUAGAAUUCCAACUGGGGUAUCUUCAUGGACUAACAUGGUUGUGUUUAAAGCCAGCGAAAACUACCUCAAUGGGAGUGUUCCAAAGGAGUUAACAAAUCUUUCCAUGCUAACAACUCUAUUGCUUGAUCAUAACCAUCUCACAGGGCCACUUCCAUCAGAUAUAAUAUCAUGGAAGUCCCUAGAGAAUCUAAAUUUGAGCCAUAACCAACUCUCCGGAAAAAUCCCAGAUGAAAUUGGUCAGUUGCCUGUCCUCAAUCAGCUUGACCUGUCAGAAAACCAGUUCACAGGUCAAGUUCCUUCACUACUUCCUAGACUUACUAAUCUCAACCUAUCCUCUAAUCAUCUUACAGGGAAGGUUCCAAAUGAGUUAGAAAUCUCUGUGUAUUCCACCAGCUUUUUGAACAAUCCUGGCCUCUGUGCUGAUACCUCAGUACUGAAUCUAAGGCUGUGCAGUGUUGGUGCUGGCUUUGAAAAGAAAACCAAAGGCUCUUCUUGGUCUAUUGCUUUGAUUCUGUGUCUGGUGGCAGUAGCCUUCUUGUUGUCUUUGCUGAUAUCAAUCUUGAUUAUCAAACUUUUCAGAAGAGGGAAACAUGUGUUGGAUAACUCAUGGAAACUCGUCUCCUUUCAAAGGUUGAGUUUCACCGAAUCAGACAUAGUGUCAUCAAUGACAGAACACAAUGUUAUUGGAAGUGGUGGAUUUGGCACAGUGUACCGUGUCCCUGUUGAUGGUUUAGACUAUAUUGCUGUGAAAAAGAUCUCAAGCAACAGAAAGUUAGACCGAAAGCUAGAGAGCUCGUUUCGUGCAGAAGUGAAAAUACUGAGCAACAUUCGUCAUAAGAACAUUGUGAAGUUGUUGUGUUGCAUCUCUAAUGAGGAUUCUAUGCUCCUUGUGUAUGAGUAUUUGGAAAACCGUAGCUUAGACAGGUGGCUGCACAAUAAGGACAAGUCAUCAACUGUGUCGGUUUCAGUCGAUCAUUUUGUGCUUGAUUGGCCAAAGAGAUUGGAAAUUUCCAUUGGGGUUGCUCAUGGUCUGUGCUACAUGCACCAUGAUUGCUUUCCACCGAUUGUUCAUAGAGAUGUAAAAUCAAGCAACAUCCUUUUGGAUGCUCAGUUCAAUGCAAAAGUAGCUGAUUUUGGUCUGGCUAGGAUGUUAAUGAAGCUAGGGGAUCUUGCUACCAUGUCUUCAGUGGUUGGCUCAUUUGGCUACAUGGCUCCAGAAUAUGUUCAAACAAGGCGAGUUAGUGAGAAGAUUGACGUGUUCAGCUUUGGGGUUGUACUGCUGGAGCUGACAACAGGUAAAGAAGCUAAUUAUGGUGAUGAACAUUCUUCCCUUGCAGAGUGGGCAUGGCGUCACAUUAUCGUGGGAAGCAAAAUAGAAGAGCUGCUAGACAAUGAUUUCAUGGAUCCAAGUUACACAAAUGAAAUGUGCAGUGUUUUCAAACUUGGGGUCUUGUGCACUUCCACACUUCCUGCUAAUAGGCCUUCCAUGAAAGAGGUGCUACACAUGUUGGUCACCAUAGGAGAAGGGCUUGCUUUUGGAGAGGGGAAUGUUAGCCACUUUGAUGGUGUUCCUCUUCUUAAGAAUUCAAGAUGGGAGUGUAGGUUUGAUGCUAUUGAUAAUGAUAGUGAUUAGUGAGUAAUUAACAAUGUGUUUGUUUAAAGAUGGAUAUGUUAGAGAAUGAAUAUCAUAAAAAAAAAAUUAAGUGAUUUUAAUGUUAUAAGAAAUAUAUUUGU